AUGUUAAACCUAAAGCUUAGACGUCUUGAGUUCAUGUUCUUUGGAGAAUUAGGCUUCUGCCCAGGAACAUGGUUUUACCUAGCAUGUGGUGGCACAGUGGGAGCUAUUCUGACAUGUCCGCUAGAAGUUGUGAAAACACGGCUGCAGUCGUCUUCUGUGACACUGUAUAUCUCUGAAGUGCAGCUGAACACCAUGGCUGGAGCCAGUGUUAACCGAGUAGCGUCUCCUGGACCCCUCCACUGCCUAAAAAUAAUCUUGGAAAAAGAAGGGCCUCGUUCCUUAUUCAGAGGAUUAGGCCCCAAUAUAGUUGGGGUGGCCCCUUCCAGAGCAAUAUACUUUGCUGCUUACUCCAACUGCAAGGAAAAAUUGAAUGGUGUGUUUGAUCCUGAUUCUACCCAAGUUCACAUGAUUUCAGCUGCAGUGGCAGAAGGAAGAAUGGGUACUUUUCAGUCAUCAUGUUUUACCGCAAUCACUGCAACCAACCCCAUUUGGCUUAUAAAGACUCGGUUACAACUUGAUGCAAGGAACCGUGGGGAAAAGCAAAUGGGUGCUUUUGAAUGUAUUCGUAGAGUGUAUCAGACAGAUGGACUUAGAGGAUUUUACAGGGGCAUGUCUGCUUCCUAUGCUGGCAUAUCAGAGACUGUCAUCCAUUUUGUUAUUUAUGAAAGUAUAAAGCAAAAACUACUGGAAUGUAAGACUUCUUCUAUGAUAGAAAAUGGUGAAGAGUCUGUGAAAGAAGCAUCAGAUUUUGUGGGAAUGAUGCUUGCUGCUGCCACCUCAAAAACUUGUGCCACAACUAUCGCAUAUCCACAUGAAGUUGUAAGAACAAGAUUACGUGAAGAAGGAACAAAAUAUAGAUCCUUUUUUCAGACACUGUCUUUGGUGGUUCAAGAAGAAGGUUACGGGUCCCUCUACCGUGGUCUAACAACUCAUUUGGUGAGACAGAUUCCAAACACAGCUAUUAUGAUGGCCACCUAUGAAUUAGUGGUCUACUUACUCAAUGGAUAGCAGCACCGGCUGCCACACUGCAAGAGGGAAGACCAAAAGAUUACAGUGGAUCAUGGAAUAUUGGAGUCAGCACAGUAGACAGAAAGAAUAGUAGUUUGGGAACAUGUCCCACAGCUAUGCCCAAGUGGAAGUUUGGUUAAGAUAGCCACAUCACAUUACUUAGUCUUUCAGUAAUGUUGAAAAACCUUAGCCACCUCUAAAGGAAACGCCUUUGGAAAAAUUGCCAUUUCUCUACCAUGUCCACCAGAUACAGUUGUGUUUUAUUGACAUAUAACAUUGAGAGUGUAGUGUUUAUUCCAUGAGCAUUUUUCCAAUCUUCUAAACAAAGCCAUCCUUAAAUAUAUACUGUACUGUAGGUAACAUAAAUAUCUAACUUGACUUUUAAUUCCUGUAAUACUGUAAGGUAACAAUAAUUGGUAGUUACUCUCAGUAUUCCCAUUUUGCUGAGAUGACUUGGCACAAUAUUUUAAUUUAAUUAUUUGGCACCAUUAAUUGCUGUUUUUGACAACCAAGGAACUGUAUUCUAAAUAUAUUGUGUAUUAAAAUGUUAGAGUCUCUUCAGCUAACAGGUGCUUGAUGUUUGGCACAAUGUAGGCUUCACAUUGUUACCAUAUAAAACUCACAUCAUAAUACUUUGCAUAUUAAGAAAUUAACCAAUAAAAUAUUGAUUCUUGACCAUUUCAGUGACUUGAAUGUGCCCUCUUCUGUAUUGUUAUGGAACAUGAAUGAAUGCAUUUAUCUUUUUAGUAAUUUACUAGUUUUAAACAUGAAUUAUCACCUAUCAAUCGAGGUAUUAUUUUCUUAAAUUAUAAAAAUUUACUGCUUCUUUUUGCUUUACAUUAUGAAUUUGGACCUGAAUUUAUUUCCAGGUCAGUAUAGAUUACACUUAUUUGGUAGAGAAAGUGGUAAUUUUCAGUUUGACCCUUAAAAUUUUUUGAAGGUGAUUAUUAAUAUCUGGGACAAAAUAAAUAUUAUAGAAGAGGGAUCCUCUAUCUAAUUCAGCAGGCAGUGUUUUUAAUUGAUUUUUUUGUAAAUGAACAAGGUGAUUUUGACAAUGAAAUUUAUUCUGAUCUAAUUUCCUGAAUGGUAUAUCAUAGAAAGAUUCAGGUUCAUUUGGGUUAAAUGUGCUAAUAGGAUAUAGUUUUUAAAUUUUGCUGUUGAGUCAUCUGUACAUUUUAAUACUUUAAAUGUAUCAUAUGUAUGACCCUUAUGAAGACGUUUGCUAUAAUACUGUUAGGAGACUGCCUAUAGAUACUGCUCUCCUGGUGUAUGAGACUUCUGCAGUUAAACUCCAGUGUGUACUCAUUUCAGUAUACGUUAACUUCACAUUUUGUGCAAUGGCUUUAUCUUAAGACUGACUUUUUGUGAAUGCACUUUGUGGCCUUGCGGGGCAGAAUUUCAUGUUAAGACUUUAAUAUACUGGUCAUGUAUUAGGCAGAAACAGUAUGUUCAUAACAUUUUUCAGAGUUCUGGUUAUGUAUUUGGUUUAAGAUCUUAAAAUGUGUUAAGUAUUCUGUGUAUACUGUAGUGCCACACAUUAUGGAAAAGCAGCAAGUCAUUGCAAGCUUUCUUUACUGACACCAAUGAACAUUGUACCCUCUUAAAUUCCCCCACCUUGAUUUCCCUGUGAUCAACAAAACUGGAUGUUUUUGAGGUGCUCAGUUGGGAGACCAAAGGCAAAUUUAGUUGUUACUUUUGGUAUUAUGAAUAUAUUUUAUGAGAAAUUUCAGCUUUGAAUUUAUUGUGAGAACAUUACCUCCCCCCCAAAAAAAAAAAUCCCUCCCCAAGCAGAUUUCUAACUUCAGUCUGUAGAGAAAGUCUCAAUUUGUAAUGUUUGCCUUUUCAGAUGCCAUUUAUACUGCCUAAUACAGUGCCAUCUGCUUUGUGAAGAUCCAUAAAUACUCUCCCUAGGCUUACUCAUAUCAGUGCCCCACAAAUGAUGAAGAAUGAUACGAAAACCAGCAGCUAAGAAUCAUCUUACUUAGUUACAGCAAAUUCAUGACAAGUGUCCUUCUGUUUGUAUUUAGCAAGUAAAACUUACAUUGACCUUUAGUGCAUUGUAUCCAGCUUUAAGUACAGUGGAUCCUCGGUUAUGACCAGCCUGACAUACAAACAACUUGGGUUAUAACCAGAAUUUUAGUUUUAACUUAAGACCAAAUUCUUGAAUUAUAACCUGAUUGCUGCCACCUGUGCUUUCAGAUGGUCUCAGAUACUGAUUUAACCCUUAAAAGAGUUCUGGAAGGAACAUUAUAACAUCCUUGUGUGGGGUUACUUGAGAAAUCCUGGGCCUCUGUCUCUCUAAGGACACAGAUCUGCCUGUAUACAGGAGAGAGACUUUGAAGGCUGUGUAGAGGACCCUCAUCCUUCAUUGAUAAACUUGAGUUACAGUCAGCCCUGAGGAACGAAUUGAUUUUGUAAGUAAAGGGCCCACUGUGUUAUGUAUGUAGUAGAAGGAAAAGAGUAAUUUUAGAGUUACAGAUUUUAUUUGUGCAGCAGCUGGAAAGGAGCAAUGAAGUCUUUACUGUUUUGUUUUGUUUUUUCUUUGAACACAAUCUGCUAUAGUUUACAAAUGAGACAAUUCAAAAAAGAAAACUAAAAAGGUUACAUACAGUUUGUCUCUCAAAUAUUUCUUUGAAGAUUUAAAAAUUGAUUUUUUAAGAAAAAUGCAUACUCAAAAGUAUCAGACAAACUAUGGGUUGUAUUCAUUUGUUUGCUAUCAGAUAACUUAAAAUUUCUGAUAACAGAGGUAUCAACAUUCCAGAUUGCUAUGUAUUUGUGUUCUAGUUUUCUUAGAAAAUUGAAUUGAACUCACUCAGGUUCAAGCAGUAGAUACUGAAAGUACACACUCAUAUAGAACACCCUCCUAGCAAAUAGAACUUUUCUGUUCAUAACUCCUAGAAAUGGUUCCACGUCCUGAGGAUUGCCAACCCUGUGAUUGAGCUAUAAAGUGCUUUUAAUUCCAGAGG